ACUGAAAUUACUGGAGACAUCAGAAUUGGAGAAUAUCUAAUACAGAAUGUGACUUCAGAUACUCUGAUGGUCAACUUCCCGGUAAAUUGUAGCCGUCCGAUUGAGGAUCUUCAGCAAUUAGAUGGAAGCAACUAUGGUGUGACUUGGAGAAACCGGCUUCUUCUACAGAAUUGUAAAGUUCCGAGGAGUGAGUGUACUGUACCGUCGGAACUUUUAAGCGCACGAUUGAACAUACAGUCAUGUGAUUCAAAGAAAGAGAAUAUCAGUUGUUAUUCAGAUGCGAGUGGUGAUUAUUUUGAUUACCGGAAUACAGGGUGUGGAACUGUGAUGUCAUCCAUCUUGAUUGGUAUGGAUAUGAAGAACAGCUCUCCGAUGUUCCUGGAGUUUCAGAUGAUCGAAUUGGCGUGGGGAUUGGAAGGUGAUUGUGCAUGUCAUGAAGAUGCUAAUUGCACAAACAUUUUUCUUCCGGGGAAUCGAAACGGUUUCCGGUGCCGGAGUAAAGAUGGAUUCAUCGGUGAUGGUUUCCGCGACGGUGAUGGGUGCCGGAAAGAACGUUCUAAAGCUAAGCACCUUCAUCCAAGAGUGUGGAUAGCUGUUAUUGUUCCUGUUGCACUCUCAGUUCUGGUGCUAUGUUCCUGUGGUGCUUAUUACAGGCUCAGAAACUCAAGAAAGGCACAGCCUUGGAUCGAUGGGCAGCUAGAACAGAUACCAAGAACUACAUAUCGAGAAAUACUUAGAGCAACGGAUGGUUUCUCUGAGGAUAACUUGGUAGGUACAGGAAGUUUUGGCUCAGUAUUUAAAGCGCAUUUCCAUGGUGAGAAUACAAUAAUGGCAGUGAAAGUGUUGAACCUACAACAAAGAGGUGCCUUGAGGAGCUUCCUGGAUGAAUGCAGAGCUUUGAGAAAUAUAAGGCAUCGUAAUCUUCUCAAAAUCAAGACUGCUUGUUCAAGCAGUGUUCACCGAGGUAAUGACUUCAAAUGCCUAGUUUUUGAGUUCAUGACUAACGGAAACCUACACGAUUGGUUGCAUCCAGAAAAUUAUGACCAGCAACACCAAACAAAGAAACUGACCUUUAUCCAAAGACUAAACAUUGUCAUAGAUGUUGCUUCUGCACUCGACUAUCUCCACAACUACUGUCAAACACCAAUAGUUCAUUGUGAUCUAAAACCAAGCAACAUACUCCUCGAUGAAGAUAUGUCUGCCCGUGUUGGUGACUUUGGAUUAGCAACAUUUCUCUUUGACACAUCAAGCAAUUCUUGGAGUAAUCAGAUUUCUGCAGCACUAAAGGGUUCAAUAGGUUACAUCCCAACAGAGUAUGGAUCAGGUGUUCAAGCAUCUACACGUGGAGAUGUUUACAGCUAUGGAAUAGUGUUACUAGAGUUAUUCAUCUGUAGAAGACCAACCGAUCCGAUGUUUCACGAGAAUUUAGAUAUUCACAAGUAUGUUUCAAUGGCUUUGCCUGCACAUGUCAUGGAAAUUAUAGACCCUAUAUUGCUUUUGGCAGAGGAAGAAAAAAACAUGAUCAAGCAAGAUCAAUUAGCAACAAGAAUGGAAGAAUAUUUACUCUCAGUUUUGGAAAUUGGGCUUACAUGUUCUGCAUCAUCACCAAGAGAGAGAAUGCCAAUAAACAUAGUUUUGAGCAAACUUCAAGCUAUCAAAAAGUCCUUCCUUUCAAGGAUAUGAAUUAGAUGAUGAGUAGGUGAAAGACUAAUACCUGUUUUUUUUUUUUUUCAUACUUCCUAUAUUAAACCUUGAUGUGAAUAUUAAACAGUGAACUAGUAUAUGCCUUUACUAAAA